AUGGAUGACGAGCAAGCGAUGAAAGACGUGCUCCAGGAUGCGCUGGACGAGCUGGUGUCCACGCGAUCAUCCUCUACACGCGUGGGCGAAGUGCUCUCUGAGCUAGAGCGCUUUAUGGCAGAGCUGUGCUCUCACCCACAUACCGAUCAAGAGUCCGCGGAGAGGUUGUUCGUGUUCACCAGAUUGCAGGAUACGUUCGAAUGCAACGUCCCCUCGCGCAUUCUGCAAUGGAUGGCGUGUGCGCAGAAACGCCUAGAAGAGGUCGCUGCCACAGAUAGGUCCUCUUCCGACUAUCAUGACCACAAGCGCGAGAUGUCGACUAUUUCCGGACAGCUUGUGCAAGCACUCUCAAUCAUCCAGGGUGUAGCCCUCACGCACAAAGGUAGUAAACGAUUCCUGGGGAGACACUAUGCUAUGGGGACCAUACUCGACGUACUUCUUACUUCGCGAUAUGUGCCACGUAUAUCCACAAAAGACAGUGGCCGAACACCAUCCUCGGCAUCGAAUGCCAGCGGCGACAGCAGCGCCUCAUCUGGUGCAAAUCCAUUCAUGCACCUCACAUGCGUCACAAUGGACACCGUUCUCUGCAUUCUUGUGGAUUCUUCGCAAGCCAUUCGUGUCUUCGAGGAGUUGGGUGGCUUACAGGUUAUGGUCAAAUUACUGAAGCGGACAGGCUCAUCGAGGGAGAUCAGGAUGAAGUGUAUGGAGUUCCUAUACUUCUAUCUACUGGACGAGACCAGCGGCUUCACGAUGACAAAUGCCGACGGCCUACCGCAGGCGGAAGUCGAAACGCCUCUGAGCAGCGUCCCCAACUCACCGACAUCCCCCGCCGCUCAACUUAGGACACCACACCGCUCUGGGCCAUCCAUGUCUAGCCUAGGCUCCAGGGAUCCUUCCGGCUCCUCGAUUUUCUCCGCUGCCUCUUCUGCCUCCACCGCGGCAACGUCCCUCCCCUCCGUGCAGAACACACCGAAGCCGUCGGCGUACUAUCCUUUGGAAAACGAGUCGCCUACCCCGGCCCCGCGCGUUCCCUUCCCACCUGCCAGCCGUCUCGUGACACCGCCGAGCCAACGUCCACAACAGCGAAACCUCAUGAUGCUCAAGAAGGAAGUAGAAUAUACCCCACAAAGUCCCAAGAAAGCACAGAUAGCCGGGCUCGGAGUUGGCACACCGAGGUCUGCGACACCGAUGCGGAUUCAAUCGAAGCUACGGGGUUUGGAAGACAUCCUGUCGUCCGAGGCAUCUGAGACGGACGAUAAUUCCGAUCCUCUGUUGCAGCCCGCCGCGACACCGCGUGCAAAGGUCACUGCUCCCUCACACAAACGGGCAGAGUCGGUACAACCGGGGGCGAUUUCAAUGCCCUCUGCGUCCUCGUCGACCGAAGUUCCCAAGACCCCCGUGCCGCUGAGCAAACAUCGCCGAGCGCGGAGUGAACUCGACGUGCUCGGUACGCCGGCGACAAUGCCGCCUGCGCAGGGACGAGCGACAUCCUCGGCUGCAGUUCUACAGCGCGCCACGCAUCGGAAGGCAACCUAUGCCAAGACGACACAGGAAAAGAAGGAACUACUGGGCACACUUCUCGGGAACGUAGAGGUGCUGGUCGCGGGAGUGCGGCAGCAAGGUAUUUGGGGCUUGCCAGCGGGGAUUUGA